AUGCUCAAGCUCUCACGCUCGAACUCGGAAGAAAAACCGGUUUUGCUUAUUGAAUCUGGUGUACGAAUGCACUUAACAUCGUUCACUUGGCAGAAGGGUACGAUGCCACUCGGGUUUACUAUGAAGCUUCGCAAGCACAUCAAAAAUAAGAAAAUAUCGAACAUUCAACAAUUAGGAAUUGAUCGUGUUGUUGAUAUCACAUUCGGUUUCGAGGAACAUGCUUUCCAUUUAAUUGCUGAGCUAUACGGAAGGGGAAAUAUGUUCCUUACAGAUGCCAAUUACACAAUUUUAAAUCUUCUCCGCCCAAGAACGGAUGUAGAUCAGGACGUUAGAUAUGCAACUCAUGAGAGAUUUCCAAUCGAAUUGGUUCGUCAUGUUCCUGAAUGUCUACUUGACUUACGUGAUCCAAUUGGCCUUGAGAACUUAACCAAUGAGCUAAACGACCUCCUUUUGAAUGCUUCUGGUCCUUGGAAUAAUGGAUUAGCCACUGAUGGUACUGAAUUGCCAUCAGUAACUUCCGUCAUUGGCAAUGCGUUCUCUUAUGGAACGGGUUUAAUUGAACACUGUUGUGCCGCUGCUGGUCUUAUAAGUUCCAAACGCUCAAAGAAAGCUGGAAGUGAUACACAAUCCUCCAUUACCGACCUUACUGCCUAUCGCCUUCAAAUCAGUGAAAAAAUUGCUGCUGCUCUUCGUGAAGUCUUGAUUCAAAUCUCAGAGAAGAAGACUAUUAACGAAGACGGUUCUGUUAUCAAUCCGGCUAUUAUUGUUUUGUCGUCCAAUCAUGGGCCAACGUCAAAAUAUGAGGCAUAUUAUCCAAUUCGAUUUGUUCAAUUGUCUUCAAAGCCGACUGUGGAUUUUGAUACUUUCAAUAAGGCCGUGGACGAAUUUUAUUCAAGCAUGGAGAUCAAGAAAAGCGAGGUGCAACUUAUUCAGAACGUGAAAAGUGCUAACAAGAAGAUAGAGAACAUCAAACGCGAUCAGGAAAACCGCCUGCUUGCCCUCAGAGGAGAGCAAAUCAAGGACAAUCAGAAGGCUCAGUUAUUGGAACUUAAUGUCGAUUUGGUCGAUCGUGUCAUCAUGACACUCAACUCCGCCAUUGCUAGCCAAACCAACUGGAAGGUUCUAGAAGGAGUCAUUGAAAAACAGAAGGAACGUGGAGAUGACCCUGUGGCUAACUGUAUCGUCAAGCUCCAACUAUCCUCUAAUCAAGCCCUUCUUCAUCUUAGUGACCCCUAUCAAGAGGAUAACGACGAUGAUCAUCCUAAUGAACUUCUGGCUCAAGAUGUUAUGGUCGAUUUAGACUGCACUGCUCUCCAAAAUGCUAAGAAGUACUAUGCAAACAGGCGACAAGCUGAAGCAAAGGAACAGAAGACUAUUGCUGGAACGAAGACAGCGCUAAAAGCUGCAGCUAGAAAGGCUGAGAAGACAAAAAAAGAUGUUCGUGGUGUGCCUAAGAUGAUUAAAGCAAGGAAACCGUUUUGGUUCGAGAAGUUCCAUUGGUUUAUCAGUUCGGACAAUUAUCUCGUCCUCGCAGGUCGAGACGCCGCUCAGAAUGAAAAUCUCAUAAAGAGGUACUUCCGUCAACACGACAUUUAUGUCCAUGCCGACGUCCAUGGCGCUAGUAGCGUUAUUGUCAAGGCGAGACAUCUACAGCCUUACGAGAAGCCUAUUAUGGGAGAAACUGAGGAACUGACGAUGCCCCAACCACCUCUGCGAACUCUUAUUGAGGCCGGUCAAAUGGCUGUAGCUUUGAGUAAUGCUUGGUCAGCAAAGAUUAUCACAAAUGCUUGGUGGGUACGCCACGAUCAAGUCUCUAAGACUGCUCCUUCUGGAGAAUAUCUCACUACUGGGUCCUUCGUGAUCAGAGGUAGGAAAAAUAUGCUUCCUCAAUGCCAUCUCACCUACGGAAUUGGAAUCCUCUUUAAGUUAGGUGAGGACUCGGUGGAACGGCAUCUUGGCGAGCGAUGCAUCGAUUUGGAAGCCAUCAGAGAUGCUGAAGCUGCAGUUAAGAAAUACGAGAUUCCAGAGACUCAACCAGACGAUGCUGAGCAGGAAGAAGACGAUGACGUAGCAAAGGCAUUUGAGAAUGUCACAUUAAAUUUGAGCAUCAAUAGGGUCAAGAAACCUCAAACUCAAUCAGUUAAACAGCGACAGAAAUCAGCAGCCCAAGCAGCCAAACAUUCUGCAUCUUCAUCCUCUCAACCACAGAGUAAGGCAAAGUCCUCGUGUCCAAAUCCUCUUAAACGAGGACAGAAGGCGAAAAUGAAGAGGAUCAAGGAGAGAUAUGCCGACCAGGACGCUGAAGAACGUCAAAUUCGCCAACAGCUCCUUCAAGGAGCGAAUGCUAAGUUGAGUUCGGUCCAUGAAUUAUCUAAAGGUCCCAAAAAAGAGGAGUACGAAAACGACGCUCAAAGACAGAACGAAGUGAAGCUGGAAGAGGAAUCUCAACAGGAUGGAGAGAAGUCCAGAAAUUCCGAAGAAGAAAGUGAGGACACAAGUAAGACUACCAAGUUUGAGACCCAGGAUAUUGAUAAUGAUCGAGAAGACGAUGCAUUACUUUGCACUGCUGAGGUCUCGACUCUCGAAACUUUAACUGGUUUGCCAACUACAGACGAUACUAUUCUUUACGCUCUUCCGUUUUGUGCACCUUACAAUGCAUUGCAGAAAUACAAGUAUAAGGCGAAGCUUAUUCCCGGCACUCAAAAGCGUGGAAAAAUAACAAAACUGGCAAUUCACCACUUUACUUCGGAUAAGGGUGCUACUGAUUUGGAAAAACAAUUGAUUCAAGCGAUUAAAGAAGAGGACUUGUGCAGGGUAAUGCCGGGAUCUGCGAAAAUCACUUUCCCUUCAAAUACUGUACAUCGUGAAUAG